AUGGACCCAAAUACCUAUACCAUUGCCAUCAUCUGCGCGCUUGGUCUGGAAUCAAAUGCGGUCAUGGGCGUCAUGGAUGAGAUUUACGAGAGCUUACCUGAGGCAGCUCGUAAGGAUGCCUAUGCAUAUACAACCGGCCGCAUUGGGAAAACUUCUGUCGUCAUCGUACACCUCCCCGGAAUGGGAAAGCUUAAUUCUGCCAACAGUGCAAUGCGUCUCAAAUCGACCUUUGCAAAGGUGGGUCUUUGCCUUGUGGUUGGAGUGUGCGGUGGUGCACCCUACAAUUCUCGAGCAAAGGAGGAGAUCAUAUUAGGUGACGUGAUAAUCAGUACCGGACUGAAGCAAAUCGACUUCGGACGCCACUAUGCCAACGGCUUCGUUCCGAAGGAUGACCCUGAAGAUAAUUUCGGGCGACCGGUGGACCGGUUGCGCUCUUUCUUGCGCAUGUUGAGUGAAACCAGCUAUUAUUAUGAUCGUAUAAGUGAUGAAACGAGCGCCACACUGAAAGCGCUCCUUCGCUCAGCGAUGGGCCAGAAUCUCGCCUACCCGAGUGACCAUCGGGACCAUCUGUAUGAAUCCACAUAUCAACAUCAAUGUCGUGCCAAUCGCGCAUGUGAAACGUGCAACGUCGCCGACGGGGCAGCAUGCCAAUAUGCCCUAGACACAUCGUGUGACAACCUGGGAUGUGAGGCAAGUCGCGUUGUAAAUAGGACUCGUCUGUCUGGCUCUCAAAUGUCGCGUCCCAUGGUGCAUUUUGGCCGUGUGGCGUGUGGUGAUGGCGUCAUGAAAUCCGCGCAGGAUCGCGAUCGGUUCGUUAAGCAAUACCAAGUGAUUGGGUUUGAGAUGGAGGCGGCGGGGGCUUGGGAUACAUUUCCAACUGUCGUCAUUAAAGGAGUGUGCGACUAUGCUGACAGUCACAAGAAUAAGCUGUGGCAAGGCUAUAGUGCAGCAGUCGCAGCAUCAUGUAUGAAAGCGGUCCUGGCCCAAUGGACCUCUCGCACAACCUCGAUCACUUGA